AGAUCCUUCAAUUGUGUGCUUGUUGGCAUGUGCACGCCCAGAUCUGGAUUUCACAAAGUCUCACCGUGUGCCCCACCCAGCAUGCGUAGAUCUUGUCUCACAAUCCAGCUUCAACUGACUAGUGAUUAGAGCACAGAAAGAAACGGACUCUUGCUUGACAUUUCUCCUUCUGCAGUUGGCAAACAGUAGGCUCAGUAGGCACUGGGCACUUUCCAAGUUCAUGAUUCAUAGCGCAUGUUUUUGCAGGGUUCUGCUGCUACAAGCCAAUUGCUCUUAUGAUAAGUGAUGCCUUAGAAGACUUGGGAUCCCCAAUGCCAGCGACACAGAUUCGCUGGUUGGGUCCACUUUCAAUGUUCAGCGGCCUAGCUUGUGGCUAUGGUGCGGUGGUGUGCGGAUUGGGGCAAGUAGGGAUCACUGUGCUGGCAGUCACAUUCUUUGCGGCAGCCAACAUGAUCCCCAAUGAGGCAGAUUCUUUGAGCACGCUGUGCUUGAUUUGCUUUCUCUUGGGUGGCAUCAUGGGCUUUGGUGGUGCAGCUCAGAUGGGGGAUCCUCGAUUGCCACUGUUCUUGGUUGUGGUGGCUCUUUUCCACAUCACCGAGUUCACCUUUUGCGUGCUUUUCCACGAGAAGGAGAUUGAGUUCAGAGCAUUCCUGCUCACACCAGUACCUGCUGCAGGUUACAGUGUGGCAAUAAUUGCAGCAAUGCUAGAGUUCUGGCUUUGGCAUGCCACAGGCUUGACACUUCCAGGCAUACUGCAGUCAACACUAUUGCUUUUGGGUGCGAGUUUGGCAUUUGGUGGAUGGGCAUUGCGGACUGCAGCGCUAUUCACGGCCAGAUCCAACUUUACGCACAUUGUUGCAAGCUACAAGGAAUCUUCCCAUAGAUUGGUGAAAGAGGGUGUUUACAGCUUUUGUCGACAUCCUGGCUACGUUGGAUGGUUCCUUUGGAGUGUAUCCACCCAGGUCCUCCUGCGAAAUGUGUUUUGCUUUUUUGCAUACGCCUGGGUCUCGUGGCGCUUCUUCGCUGGCAGAAUUCCGCACGAAGAAGACAUGCUCAUCCGAUUUUUCGGGGAUGAGUACGUCGAAUAUGCCACGCAUGUACGUUGCGGAAUCCCUUACGUGUCUCGAUUGUAGCCUCCAGCAUGCCAGAGCCACCAACUGGGCGCAAUGACAAACAGCUGUACGCUGUCAAUGGUGAUCUGCGAAAGCUGCACGAAGAUCAAGAAUGAUCUACUGAUCUACUCUACUCGACCUCCUCGCCAUGUCUUCGAUGCCGAAGAGAACUUGACGGUGUAGCCUUUGAUGAUCUUGUUCUCGACUGACAUGCUGCCCAGGAAAAGCC